CUAUAGCUUUCAGAGGCAGCGCCACAUACUUUUUGAAAUGGAUGACACUGCAAACACGUCAAACCAAAGUGGCCAAAUUCUACUCGAAGAUGACUGUGUUUCAAAUAUAGAACUCACAGAAUGUGUAUUUUUGAUUCUUUACUCUUCAAUAACCGUUGUUGCUCUGGUCGGGAACUUUGUUGUUUGCUACAUUAUAAUCACAGAGAAAAUGCUUCAAAGUGUUACAAAUCUUUUUUUGCUCAACAUAGCAGUUGCUGAUAUCAUGAAAACACUUAUAUUGGUUCCAUUCUCUUUUAUUCCAAACCUUAUACUUGCAUACUGGCCUUUCGGAAGCUUUAUGUGUCCAUUUGUUCUGUACGCUCAGAUCGUGACCGUAUUUGCCAGUGCUUUCACCCUGGUUGCUAUGAGUGCGGAUCGGUAUGCGGCAAUCAUUUAUCCACUGAGACCAAAACUAACUCACAAGGGAGCGGUGUGUAUCUGUGGAGCAGUGUGGCUAAUAGCAUUUAUAGUUCCUAUCCCAACUGCCAUAACAGGGAAAGUUCAAAUAGCAUUUGAAAAUAGAACAGGCGUAUGCCAGAAGGGCAGGUGCUAUGAAGACAUGGACGAAAGGUUGAGGUCACCCUACAGUCUCUUUAUCAUGCUUCUUCAGUAUUUUAUUCCGUUAUUAGUACUGACUUUGACUUAUAGCCGCAUUGCUUACAUGAUCUGGAUAAAAAUAAUACCGGGAGAAUCUGUUCAGAGACAAGAUGAACGCCAAGCCUCAUCAAAACGAAAAAUGGUGAAAAUGAUGAUCGUAGUGGUUCUUCUUUAUGCUAUCUGCUGGCUCCCUUUACAUACUCUACAACUGGCGACGGAUGAAAAUCCAGAGAUAUUCAUUAACGUGAAGAACAUCCGGUAUAUGUGGAUCACGUGUGAAGUCAUUUCCGCCAGCCAUUCUUGUUACAAUCCAUUUGUUUACUUCUGGAUGAACAGAAAAUUUCGCAGUGCUUUUCGAAAUUUCUUUAAGAAAUGUUUUUGCUGUUUAAGAAUUGGUCGAUUUAAGUACGGAGACAUUCCAUUGUCAAGGCAAACAUCGAUGACGACGACUGUUAAAUUCGCACGCCAGUCUUGCAGUGGCAGGAGAAAACUCUACUCACAUCCAUCACUUUCUAAUCAUUCCAACGAGAAAGCGUGAUAUAUUUGAGUUGAAUGAGGAGAAUUAGUCCGGUACACUAACAAUUAUAAGGCAUAUUCAUUGUAAAUAAUAUAUUUAAUUACCUGAUACAGUUUCACCUACUAGUAUAUGAACAUAUUUCACUAUGGAAAUGCUAAUAUACUUCGUUUUGUUUCAAAACUUGAACUCAAAUUGAGACGAUUUUGCAAGUCUCUUUCCCGAAAAAGUAAGAGGUAUUAAAAGUAUUAUAUUUGUCAGAUCCUUUACUAAGUUUUUCAUUUUGAAACAUGAACAGGAACUGCUGAGAAACAUGAAACAUUGCUCAUUUAAGACAGUUAAUUCACCACAAUGAUGUACAAACAAUUCUCUGUUUCUGUAGUUGUGUUUGUUUUAGUGUAUGAUACAGAUUUCAUGGAAAUACCGAUUAAGAAAACAAAUAAAAUGAUUUUUGAAUUGAUCUGUUUAUCUCAUAUUCGAACACAUAAAUAUUGUUUUAAUAUGAAAGUAUCAUUACUUCUUUUAAUUUGUUUUCUAGUAUUGCUUUUAAACUUUUUCCUUUUAAAAUGUCAUUUGCUUUAUAACCCUGCAAAUAAAAGCACCUAUUAACAUAGAAGUAGUUAUGCUUCCAACGUUAUCAAGGUUUUCUGACCUCUUUUAUUAUUGUAUGAUAGGAAUAUUUUGAUCAGAAUUGAUAUUAGAAAAACCUUGUGAUCUAU